CAGAGCUGAAGAUGUCCUGGACAUAUGCAAGCCUCCUGGCUCUCCUCGCUGUGCUCCUGGCACUUUCCUUGUCUCCAGAGGCCGACUCUGCAGCUGUGCCCAGCAGCACAGGCCGUGAUAAAACUCCAAAAGGUCCGCUGAAGAAGAUCUUCAUGAAGGAGGAAGAUGCCUUAAACUUCUUCAGAAGACGCAACAGACGGGGAGCAAAAUCUCAGGAUGAGAUUAAUGUUGAGCAGAGGCUGAGUCUGGCUGCAGAUGAACGGAAGCGAGAGUUUCACGAGGAGAAGAGGAACGAGUUUGAGAGCUACGCUGAAGAGGAGCAUGAUGGUAUAUCUGAUGUAGCUGAGAGCGACGAGUUCAUUCACUCGACCAGCUCAUUCAUCCACUAAAAAUUCUCAUAAUCUUCCCAGAGCAAAACGAGAGGAGCAGAGAGAGCACGGAGCAGUGGAGGGAGUUUCACUAUGACGGCAUGCAUCCUCCUCAUGAGUACAACCGUCAGUCCAUCUGAGAGCGGAGGGCAGUGAAAGAGGAGAGAGGAGAAGGUUAAAGAAACAUCUUUAUAAUGUACAAUGUGGUCUUUCUCAUCUGGCCUUGGCAGUUAUAUAGCAGAGAUUCAGCUACAGGAAGAGAAUUUUCUUCUUUUUUUCCCUUUGUGCUGUGGGCAUUGGCUUUUACUUUCUCCUUGGUUGGGAAUGUACUGCUGUAUAAGUAAAAGUAAUAAUAAUAAUAAUAAUAAUGAUAAUAAUAAUAAUAAUUGCAUCCUGUAGAAAGGUAAGGGAGUGCCUUUCCCUUUGCCACAAACUGGGUUUACACAUUUAAUGUAAUUAAAACCCACCGUUGUGUUUUAGCUACAGACUAAACAAGUACAGCUGCAUAAAAUAGAAGAUUUUACCUUUCAAACAAAGCAUCAUAUAUUCAUUUAGGCUUUACAGUUUUUCUGUUACAAACUUUGACUCAAAACUUUGUUUUUAAUCUAAUCCUGACCAUUCCCCUUUUAUGAGGUUAAUGUUCAAACUUUUUUAUUGUAAAUACACAAUUUAAAUUCUGAAUUUGAUGCAUUAUUUAUCUACGUUUUACACAGCGUCCCAACUUCUUUGGAAUCGGGGUUGUAUUUUAUUUUAUUUUUUUAACCAUUAAGGAGGGCCUGGGUUAAAUAGAUGUGCAAUGAUUUUAUGCUACAUUACCAGAAGAGGAAUAUAAGUGGAUUAAAACUGUAUUUACUCAUGUAUACUAUAUUUACCAGAUGUAUUCUGCAUUUACUUUAUAUUUACUCACUUUUGAUUAAAUUAGUUAAAUCUAACAUAGUUGUUCAAAAUCUGUCUUUUUUUCUGUAAGAAAUGUGAAACUAACCAGAUAUUUACUUCCUCUCAAAAAAGCAACAACUCAUGCAAA